AUGGCACCUUCACAGCCCAAUUUCCACGCGAUGAUCAGAAGACAGGACGGAGCGAAUUCGACUGAUACUAGUAAUGGGAGUGGCUCCACUGCAGGUGUUCCCACUUGUGUGAUCACUUGUAUGUCACAAGCUCCUACGACGGGAUGUUCAGGCGCAGACGACUGGGCUUGUCUCUGUGCCUCUUCAGACUUUAUAAAUUCAGUUGGAGCAUGUUGGACCUCCUCAUGUUCUUCUGCGGACGCUGCAUACGGAUCAGCAUAUGCUAAUCAAGCUUGUUCCUUUUAUGGUGUCCCGCUUGGAAGUAACAGUACAUCCUCGACUACCACCUCUGAAAGCGAACCUUCCGGUACUGCUGUACUGUCGGAACCUCAAGUGACAUCUCGCUCGUUCGUCAAAGUCCAAGCUGCUAUGAGCUCUAUCACCUCAUUGUUACUCUCCAUCGCUAUCAUCCUGGGUGUCUUAUCUUGUAGAGCAAGAUACAAGAGGGAACAAGCUGCUUCUCAGAAUAGAACAUGGAACGGAGUCACCGGAUUGACCACGAUGGAUUCCAAAGCACCUACUAAGUCUAAAACUUCUAGAUUUUUCAACAAAUCAACCCAUUCUAGUGCAUUUGAAAAUUCUAGAAAUGGAGCAAGCACUUUCCAAUCUGAUAACUUCGGUAUUACCUCUUCCAACUUCGGUGGUAAUACCACUUUAAACAAUACACAAUCUUUCGGUAUUUCCCCCUCUGGCAGACCAGAUAGCGGUGGUGCAGCCAAUAACAAUGGAAGAUUUACGAAUCGAUUGACGUUAGGUGAGAUGAAUAACAAAUCUGAAGAAUGGGAAUUGAGUGAUGUAAAGAAAGAAGAAUCAAGUAUAGAUGGAUUUAAUGAUAUUUCACCAACAUCAUUUGAAAGUAAGAUGGAGUCCGAGAUGGAAUCGAGAUUGACAGAUCAUGAAAAUAAUGGAAUUGAUAGUACGGUAGCAUUGAAUGUUUUACCUAAAGAAGGUAAAGGUAGAACUCAUGCUAUCUAA